AUGAAUGCUUUCUCCCACGUCCCCCCUGGUUUCCGUUUCCACCCCACUGAUGAGGAACUGGUGGAUUACUACCUGAGGAAGAAGGUGCAACUGAAGAGGAUUGACUUAGACAUUAUAAAAGACGUUGAUUUGUACAAAAUCGAACCUUGGGAUCUACAAGAACGAUGCAAGAUCGGAACGGAAGACCAGAACGACUGGUUCUUCUUCAGCCACAAGGACAAGAAGUAUCCGACCGGCACUCGCACGAACAGGGCAACCACGGCGGGUUUCUGGAAGGCCACCGGCCGGGACAAGCCGAUCUACGUGAAGCACUGCCUCGUGGGGAUGAGGAAGACGCUGGUUUUCUACAAGGGCCGGGCUCCCAAUGGGCAGAAGUUAGAUUGGAUCAUGCACGAGUAUCGCCUGGAGACCAACGAAAAUGGAGCUCCCCACGACGAAGGAUGGGUGGUAUGCAAGGUGUUCAAGAAGCGAGUUGCGACGGUGCAGAGAAUGGCCGCCACUGACUCGGCCUUCUGGUUCAACAACGAUCAUGUGGCGUUCAUGGCGCCUCGCGUCGACUCGCCGAGGCAGGCAGUGCACCACCUCCAGAACGCGGCGUACCAUCAUGGACACCACCAGACCUACCACCACCCGUGCAAGGUGGAGCUGGAGUACCAUCAGCUCCUUCCUCAGGAGCCGGCAAGCUUCCUGCAGCUCCCGCAGCUAGAGAUGCCCGGGCUUCCGGACCUGAUCGGCGCCGUAGCUGCCAGUCUCCAACCGUGCAACCAGACGCACGACGGACAAGCUUCUCGGCAGCUUGAGAUCGAGCCGGUUUAUGUGACGGACGCAUCCGCCGGAGAGUGGAGGGACCUUGACAAAUUCAUGGCGUCCCAACUCAGCCACGACGGCUCAACUCCGAAGGAGUCUAGCAGCUACGCUAAUCCGGCGCUGGCGUUUCAGGCGGAGGGGAAGCACGAAGAGGCCUUGGAUUACGUGUCGGCAUCUGCCUCCAGCGGAGGGGACAAUGGUUUGUGGAAAUAA